AUGGUCGUCCAGUACGAGCCUCCCUCCGAUCCUUCCAAGCUAGUUCACCCGCUGUUCAACUCUCCGGACGCAGACGUUGUCUUUGCCUCAAAGAACGGCACCAAGCUCUUUCGCGUACACUCAUGGACACUACGUACGACAUCUGGCUUCUUCAGGGAGAUGCUGUCCCUCCCACAGCAAGGGCAAGCUGGAUCGAGUUCUCCGGGACCCCGAGGAGAAACGAUGCAGCUCUACCUCGACGAGGACGAGAAGACGCUCGAUGCCCUGCUGCGAAUGGUGUGCGGUCUGCCACUCCUUCCUAUCGACACGCACGAUCUCGCCGAUGGCCUCCUCUACGCGGCCGAGAAAUACGACAUGCCCGGACCGCUGUCUAUCGUGCGCCUCGUUCUGCAGACGGCGCCGCUCGCGAUGGACCCUCUCCGGCUGUAUGCCGCGGCCUGCAGGUUUGGCUGGGAGUCGGAGGCCAAGACAGCGUCGACGCAGACCCUUACGUAUAAUCUCCACGACCCGAUACACCGUCCGGCCCUGCAGCGGCUAUCGACGACCGCUGUUCUUGAUCUCUUCGCACUGCACCGCGCCAGAAGAGAAGGGCUUCGCAAGCGCAUGAACGAGCCUCCAUUUGUGCAUGGUGGCGUUUCGCCUUGCGUAUCUUGCCAGCGUCCUAUCGACUACCAUACCUGGCGAGAGUUGAAGUACAAGAUCAUCAUAGAGAUGGAUGUUCGUCCGUUGGGAGAUACGAUCAUAAAUGAAGGCCUGCAGGAUUGGCCAGAGGCGACUGCUUGCUGGCAGGCGAAGUGCGUGUGCGACCGCUUCCUGUACGACAAGGUGGAGACCUUGCGCGUGAUCAAGGACUGCAUCGAGGGCUUGCCCAAGUCUAUCUGUGAGUGUCUUCACAUUUUGUUGUAUUCUCGCUCAUCAUAUCCUGCUUAG